AUGGGUCAGGUUGCUGUUACUCCUCUGUCUUUAACUCUAAACCAUUGGAAAGACGUUAAAAAAAUUGCUCACAAUCUCUCCGUAGAAAUAAGAAAAGGAAAAUGGCAGACUCUCUGCGCUUCCGAGUGGCCAACUCUUAAUGUAGGAUGGCCAAGGGAAGGGACCUUCAGUCGCCAAAUUAUUUCACAGGUCAAACAGAAGAUAUUUCUCCAGGGACCUCACGGACAUCCGGACCAAGUUCCGUAUAUUAUAACCUGGGAGUCCCUGGCAGACGACCCCCCACCUUGGCUCGCUCUCCUUAUACCCCACCCUUUUCCUUCCCUUCCUUUUCCUGUGCCAUCUGCUUCCCCCCCUUCCACGCCUCUUCCUCUCCCGGAACCUCAGCCCUCCGUGCCUUCUGCUCCCCCUCCUUCCACACCUACCGCUUCCCUUUACCCCCUUCUGAAACAGGAACCUACAAAAAUACCGGAGAAAAGAAUCUCCCCUUUACCAGGGCCCCCAUCAGGGCCAAGAGGGCCAAGAGCAGAUCCGCAGCCGGUCACAGGGUCUCCAAUCGCAGGCCGCCUCCGAGAAAGGAGAGAUCGGGGCCUGGAAGAAGCAGCGGUGACACUGCCCCUGCGCCCGGUGGCGGGACCAGGACAUCACCUGCAGUAUUGGCCCUUCUCUGCAGCCGACUUGUAUAAUUGGAAAACACAUAACCCCACUUUCUCUCAGGACCCGGUGGCUCUUACGGCCCUAAUAGAAUCCAUUCUGACCACUCAUCAGCCCACUUGGGAUGAUUGUCAGCAACUUUUACAGGUUCUCCUUAUUUCAGAAGAAAGACAAAAGGUGAUCCUGGAAGCCAGAAAGAAUGUGCCGGGAGACGACGGCCGUCCCACCCAGCUCCCGAACAUCAUAGAUGACGCCUUUCCCCUGACCCGCCCCGAUUGGGAUUUUAACACACCUGAAGGUAGGACCCACCUACGUCUUUACCGCCGGCUGCUCAUAGCGGGUCUCCAUAAGGCAGGGCAAAGGCCCACCAAUUUGGCCCAGGUAAGGCAGGCAGUUCAGGGAGCGGAGGAAACCCCCACCGCUUUCCUAGAAAGACUAAAAGAAGCUUACCGUAGAUAUACUCCGUUCGAUCCUGAUAGUCAAGAACAGCAGGGAAAUGUGUCCAUGGCUUUUAUCUGGCAGUCCGCUCCAGAUAUUAGGGCAAAGUUACAGAGGUUGGAUAAUUUGCAGGACUACUCCCUACAAGAUUUGUUAAAAGAGGCAGAAAAAAUCUAUAACAAGAGAGAGACCCCGGAGGAAAAGGAAGACAGACUUAAGAAGGAAAGCGAGGAACGAGAGGCUGAGAGGGAUCGAAAAAGAAAUAGAGAGCUUAGUAAAAUCCUGGCCACUGUAGCCUCAGGUAGACAAGACAUAGGCCAGGCAGAGGAGAAGGGGGGUGUAAGGUGGCCUCGAGUGAACCGCGACCAAUGUGCUUAUUGCAAGGAGACAGGACACUGGUUAAAAGACUGUCCGCAGAAACCAAGAAAUUCUAGAAAGAGGACCCCAGGUCCCCCUACCCAGCUCCUAGCCCUGGAUGAGGAUUAGGGAAGUCAGGGCCAGGAGCUCCCCCCUGAGCCCAGGGUAACCCUAACUGUGGGGGAGCAACCAGUAACCUUUCUCGUGGACACUGGGGCCCAGUACUCGGUCCUAACCAAAGAUCAAGGCCCGCUUAGUGACCGAACUACCUGGGUGCAAGGUGCAACUGGCAGCAAGCGAUACCACUGGACCACAGACAGAAAAGUUCUUUUGGAUACCGGUAAGGUCACCCAUUCUUUUCUUCACAUUCCUGACUGUCCCUACCCAUUGCUAGGGAGGGAUUUACUAACCAAACUAAAGGCACAGAUUCAUUUCGAGGAGAAAGGGGCCUCUGUGACGGGACCGGCAGGCCUACCCCUACAUGUUUUAACUUUCCAAUUAGAAGAGGAAUAUAGACUUUUUGAAAAACCAAAGAGUGAGCCCAAAGAAAUGGGGGAAUGGCUAAAAGCAAUUCCAAAUGCCUGGGCAGAAACAAGCGGAAUAGGACUGGCUAUACAACAGCCCCCCCUAGUGGUCCAGUUGAAAGCAACCACUACGCCAAUAAAAGUUAAACAAUACCCUAUGUCAAAGGAAGCCUAUGAGGGAAUAAAACCCCAUAUUCGGCGCCUCCUGGAUCAAGGCAUACUUGCCCCUUGCCGUUCCCCUUGGAACACACCUUUAUUGCCUGUUAAAAAGCCAGGCACCAAUGAUUAUCGGCCAGUUCAGGACCUGAGAAAAGUAAAUGAACGGGUAGAGGACAUUCACCCGACAGUUCCUAACCCGUCUAACCUGCUUAGUACCUUGCCUCCCACGCACACCUGGUAUACGGUUAUAGACUUAAAAGAUGCCUUCUUCUGCCUCCGGCUUAAUCCCCAGAGUCAAAGCUUAUUUGCCUUUGAGUGGAAAGACCCUGAACAGGGCAUCUCAGGACAACUCACGUGGACGAGAUUGCCACAAAGAUUCAAAAAUAGCCCGACUCUGUUCGACGAAGCUCUCCACAAGGACUUGGCAGAUUUUCGUCUUCAACAUCCUUCCUUAAUAAUGCUCCAGUACGUGGAUGAUCUUCUCCUCGCAGCCACCACGAGAGAGGCAUGCUUGAGAGGUACUGAGGUAUUGCUUAAAACCUUGGGGGAGCUUGGGUAUCGGGCAUCUGCUAAAAAGGCACAAAUUUGUCAACAAACUGUGACCUAUCUGGGGUAUGAAAUUCGAGAAGGGCAGCGCUGGUUGACCCCUGCCAGGAAGGAGGCUAUAUGUAACAUCCCGUCUCCCCAAAACUCAAGGCAAGUAAGGGAGUUCCUGGGCACAGCCGGCUUUUGUCGCCUGUGGAUUCCUGGUUUUGCAGAAAUGACGGCCCCCUUGUACCCGCUCACCAAGCAGGGGGUUCCUUUUCAGUGGAACAGCGAGCAGCAACAGGCUUUUGACCAAAUUAAAAAGGCCCUAUUGACUUCCCCUGCUUUGGGACUCCCGGAUGUGACUAAGCCCUUUGAACUGUUUGCUGAUGAGAAACAGGGCUAUGCAAAGGGAGUAUUGACCCAAAAGCUGGGGCCCUGGAGGAGGCCAAUUGCUUACCUCUCCAAAAAACUAGACCCUGUGGCUGCAGGAUGGCCCCCUUGUCUACGAAUGGUAGCCGCCAUUGGAAUGCUAGUCAAAGACACCACCAAGUUAACCUGGGGACAGCCACUGACUCUACUGACUCCCCAUGCCAUUGAGACCAUAAUACGACAGCCUCCAGAGCGGUGGCUAUCCAACGCGCGAUUGACUCACUACCAAUCUCUCCUACUGGACUCUCGCAUCCAAUAUGGGCCACUGGUGACCCUCAACCCAGCCACCCUAUUGCCUCUCCCGGGAAAAGCACCUCUACAUGACUGUAGCCAGAUCCUUGCCGAGGCUCAUGGGUCUCGGCCAGACCUCCUGGACGUUCCCUUAGCGGAUGCUGAGAUGACGUGGUUCACAGAUGGCAGUAGUUACCUGGAAGAGGGAAAGAGACGGGCUGGAGCGGCCGUCACCACGGACUCAGAGGUAAUAUGGGCUAGCGCGCUCCCAGAGGGCACCUCUGCCCAAAGGGCUGAACUGGUAGCUCUGACUAAGGCAUUGCGAAUGGCCGAAGGAAAGAGACUAAAUGUGUACACCGACAGCAGGUAUGCAUUCGCCACUGCUCAUGUACACGGGGAGAUUUAUCGGCGUAGGGGCCUUCUAACUUCAGCGGGAAGGGAAAUCAAAAAUAAGGCUGAAAUUUUAGAACUGCUCCAAGCCUUGUUCCUCCCUAGCAAGUUAAGUAUUAUACACUGUCCCGGGCAUCAGAAGGGGAGCAGCCCGGUGGCGAGAGGAAACAGACUGGCAGAUGAAACUGCCCGGCAGGCAGCCCUGGGACCACAAAUACUUCCCCUACGGUCUGGUGCUAAGGAAGCCACCCAACCGAGUUGGGACUGGGACUACUCUGAUGAGGACCUGGACUUAAUUCAAAAGUUGGGUGCUGAUUUUGACCCUACAACCCAAAAAUGGUUAUAUCAAAACAAGUAUGUCUACCCUAUUAAAGAGACCCGAGAAAUGUUCCAACAUUUGCAUAAUCUAACCCACCUAAGUGCAAGAAAAAUGAAAGAACUAAUAACCAGGCGAGGAUCCCUUGGGUACUUCCCCAGAAGAGACCAAAUUCUCCAACAAAUAGCGGACAAGUGCCCCGCCUGUGCUCAGGUCAAUGCAGGAAGAAUUAGGCUUGACCCAGGGGUACGUUUACGAGGGCACAGCCCUGGCAAUCAAUGGGAAGUAGACUUCACUGAAGUUAAGCCCGGGAUGUAUGGCUACAAAUACCUGCUAAUCUUUGUAGACACUUUUUCAGGAUGGGUAGAGGCCUUCCCCACCAAGACGGAGACCGCAACGGUGGUCACUAAGAAGCUACUGGAAGAAAUUUUCCCCAGGUAUGGGCUUCCUAAAGCACUCGGGUCGGAUAACGGGCCAGCCUUCACCUCCCAGGUAAGUCAGCAGGUGGCCAGGGUACUGGGGAUAAAUUGGAAAUUGCAUUGUGCAUAUAGACCCCAGAGUUCAGGACAGGUAGAAAGGAUGAAUAGAACAAUCAAGGAGACUUUAACCAAAUUAACGCUUGCAGCUGGCAAUAAAGACUGGGUACAGCUCCUACCAUUAGCACUGUAUAGGGCCAGGAAUACUCCUGGCCCCCAUGGACUAACCCCGUUCGAAAUCAUGUUUGGGGGACCCCCUGCAGUAACCUUUUAUGACACUGACCAGGUUAAAGCACCUUCUUUGCAAAGCCAUUUGCAAGCCCUACAAUGGGUACAGCAAGAGGUCUGGAAACCACUUGCCCAGGCCUACAACCAGGAACUUAAAACCCCCUCACUGCCCCAUUCCUUUCAGAUUGGUGACUCAGUCUGGGUCCGUAGGCACCAGACCAAAAACCUGGAACCUCGCUGGAAGGGACCCUAUACUGCACUCCUGACAACUCCCACCGCUCUUAAAGUAGACGGGAUUGCCUCUUGGAUCCAUGCGUCGCAUGUCAAAAGAGCUCCUGAAAUAGACAACUCCUCUGUCCACCAAGAGCCUCCACAAUGGCGAGUCCAGCGUUCUCAAAACCCUUUAAAGAUAAGACUUACUCGAGCCUGA